UUAUUUUCAUCUUGGACGAGUUGACUCCAUCAUCCUUUUUUUCUCUUACCCCAUUAGCUUAAUUUUUCUCAAAUAAUUCAUACUCCACUACAAAUUAAAGUUUAUUUCAACUUUUUAUUUUAGUUGAAAAAGAAAAAAAAUCAAACAUGCUGCUGAAAUAUGGAAAUGUGCCUCUACUGUGCGUAAGUAGUAUUGCAGGAAUAAUCUCAGCUUUCGCCAUGCAUCAUCUUUGCAAUUAUAAAUCUAAAUCUCCCAAAUUUGAUGAUCCGAUGAAUCAUCAACUUUCACCUAUUUUUGACACGAGUACUGAAUCUGGGCGCGCUGCGGGUAGACUCGAAAAGUUUUCUCAUUAUGUUGCAAGGCAAUUGGGAUUUAAAGAUGAAAGUGAGUGUGUUGGGUUAUGUGAGCUAGUACAAGAAUACUUGAAGAGAUCCAAAGGAUGUGAUAAUAGUAUUUUUGAAUACUUUGCAUAUGAAGAAGAUGCUGAAUCUUUGUUUGUCAAAUUGGAAAAUGAAUUAGAGAGAUGCAUUCUUGCUUAUUUUGCUUUUCAUUGGAGUAAAGCUUCUAUGUUAAUUACUCAGGUGUUAAGUGUUGAUUCUGAGCAGAAAAGACUCAAGGAUUUGGUGUUGGCAGCUACAAGGAAGCAGAGAUUUGAGAAGAUAACAAAAGAUUUAAAAGUAACAAGGGUAUUUUCUACGCUGGUUGACGAGAUGAAGGCGAUCGGAACGGUAUCAUCUAACGGUACUGGUGAGUCCAGAUGUACGGACGUGAUGGUGCCGGUGGCUCACAGUCAAAGAAGUCCAGUGCUCCUCCUUAUAGGUGGUGGAAUGGGAGCUGGCAAAAGUACUGUUCUUAAAGACAUUCUCAAACAGCCAUUCUGGUUGGAAGCAGCUGCAAAUGCAGUGGUAGUAGAGGCAGAUGCUUUCAAAGAGACGGAUGUAAUUUACAGAGCCCUUAGCUCAAGAGGUCAUCAUAAUGACAUGCUUCAAACUGCUGAAUUGGUACAUCAAAAUUCAACAGAUGCAGCAUCAUCUCUGCUAGUCACAGCUCUUAACGAGGGGCGCGAUGUUAUAAUGGACGGAACUUUGUCAUGGGAGCCAUUUGUUGAGCAGACCAUAGCCAUGGCAAGAAAUGUACACAAACAUCGAUAUCGAAUGGGGGAAGGUUACAAGGUUGCAGAGGAUGGCACAGUUACUGAAAAUUAUUGGGAACAAAUUGAACAGGAAAAUGGAGAAGAGUCAGCUAAUAAGAUCAGUAAACCUUACAGAAUAGAAUUGGUGGGAGUUGUAUGUGAUCCUUACCUAGCUGUUGUUAGAGGCAUCAGGCGAGCUGUAGCAACAGGGAGGGCAGUUAGAGUAAAGCCCCAAUUGAAAUCUCACAAGAGAUUUGCAAAUGCAUUUCCCAAAUACUGUGAACUUGUUGAUAACGCUAGGCUAUACUGCACCAAUGCCUUAGGCUCAAAACCACCGUUAAUAGCAUGGAAAGACGGAGCGAACAAAAUGUUGGUGGAACCAGAGGACAUCAAGUGUUUGGAAAUGGUAAAAAAGUUGAAGGAAGAAGCAGAAUCGAUUUACGAGCUGUAUGAGGGAGAUGAUGUAUUGUCUCUGGAGACUCCUGGUUCAGUCUGGAAAGACAUGGUUUUAAUACCUACAAGGUCUACUCUCCAACAAGAGCUCAAAACUGCAAUUUUAAAGAUUGAGAACAGGGGAAAAUAGGUGUUUGCUUCAGUCCCCCAAAAUAUGAAUGGAUAAAGAACUUCUUAUGUAAUUCUUGCUCAAAGCUCAAACAUUUGUACAAUCUUUUUUGUUUCUACGACCCUUAAAGUUGUCGCAAAAUUCACUUAGACACCUCAA